GGAACAGAGGAUUCGAAUCUAACGGUCUUGAUCCUUUUUGAUCGGCGAAUUUCACGUCAUGGCUACGGCUGUUGGAGGCGGAAGCGAUGUGGAGGUUGGAUUUGCGAAGCUUCAAGGUGAGGAUUUCGAAUACUAUAUGCAGUCUUACUCCAUUAUACUCGGCCGGAAUUCUAAGAAAGCGACCGUCGACGUUGAUCUCUCAUCUCUCGGCGGCGGGAUGAACAUUUCGCGUAACCACGCUCGGAUCUUCUAUGACUUCACUAGACGACGCUUCUCUCUCGAGGUCCUUGGCAAAAAUGGCUGCUUCGUUGAAGGUGUCCUCCAUCUCCCUGGGAAUCCUAACGUCAAGCUCGAUUCACAAGACCUUUUGCAGAUUGGUGACAAAGAGUUUUACUUCCUGCUUCCGGUUCGGAGUAUCCUAGACGGGCCAUUGGGACCCAGGCACCACGUCUCAGGGCAGACUAGUGUUGUUCCGUACCACAACUAUCAUUCGGGUCCAGGUUCCGGGUCGGGUAAGAAGGCCGUCCGGAGUAGAGAGUUGUAUGAGUUCGAUGUUGAAGAUGAUGAUGUCGACGACGAUGAGGAGGAUAUCAGGGGAAGUGAAAAGAAAACAAGGAGAGAUGGAUAUGAAGUAGUAUAUGCUUCCGGAGAGAAGAAGAGAUCAAAGGUAGAUCGUCAAGCUGAUGAUCAAAGGUAUUUGUGUGUGUGUUUUUUGUGGAAAUAUGUGUCAUCUUUGUUAUACUUGGUGUGUGAGCAGAUGUAAAUAUCACAGAGGAGGAAGCAUUUGAGAUUUUGAGGCUGGCUAAUCAAUCCUCAGGAUCCAGUUCUUGCAAUGGAAGCCGUUCUCUCAUAAAUGGAGCAAAGAAUGCUUGGGAUAUGCUUCACGAGGAGGAGUCUUUGCCGCGCAUUACUACAUCUUGCUCUGAUCUUGAUAGCAUUUUGGGUGGUGGAAUAAGCUGUAGGGAUGUUACAGAACAUUAAGUGGUUCUACUGAGCUUGCUCCUGGUCCGCAGCAUGUUGUAGAAUACCAGAACCGCUGUAACCUUCCGCAACGGGCACAAUCCUUGGAUAGGUUUCGGAAGAAGAGGAAUUCUAGAUGUUUCGAGAAGAAAGUAAGAUACGGUGUUCGCCGAAGUGGCCUUAAGGUACAACUGGUAUAUUUAGAUCAAGAACUGGAAAGAAAGCGCACAAGUCAAGUCUGCACGUACUUGUGGAUUAAGAUUGCACAUGACUUAUGUUUUUGUAUUUCAUUUUUGUAUUUUGUUGUGUUGUGGAUUAAGAACAUAUGACUUCGUAUUUUUGUAAACCAAAAAAAUAUUUAGAUUAUAUUUAUGUUCAA